GGGGGGAGGGGCCUGGGCAGGGCUGAGGAUGGACUUGGUCUUGGACCUGCUGGGCUUGGGCCGGGUUCUCCUGGGGAGUCCGAUAGGCGGCAGGGGGCGCAGGGCAAGAAUCUGGGGUUCAACUUGGGGACUGAGUUCAACCGGGGUGACCAGGGGGCCGAGGAAGCGUUGGGAGCGCGAGGCCGUGAAGACGCGGGGUGGGGCUGGGGGCGGCAGGUCAGCGUUCGGAGGCCGAGGGCAGCCGCCUAGACAGAGAUGCGGGAUGAGGAGCUCGCCCGAGGGACAGGCGGGGAGGAGAGAGCGGCCAGUCGGAUCCCUAAUCCCCCGCGCCCGGUGGCCGGACGGUGCGAGCGCUCCGACUGCCCCGCGGGUUAGGGCGCAGGGAGCGCGGGAAGCGCGGCUCUACCGGACCCAGCGGCGCGCGGAGGGGGCGGAGGGACGGACCCGGGCGGGCUCGGCAGCUGAGCUGCGCCGCCCCCGCCCCGCGCCGCCCUCGCCCCGCCCGCCGGCCGGCAGAGCUCGAGCCCCGGGCUCAGACGCGGAGGGGCAAGCGUGGGCCGGGCGCUCCGGGAAGCCCGGUGGGGCGAGCCCGAGGCGGGCCGGGCGGCGAUGCCGCUGGAGGCGCAGGACGCGGUGUACGUGGCGCUGGAGCUGGCGCUGGCCGCUCUGUCGGUGGCCGGCAACGUGCUGGUGUGCGCGGCAGUAGGCACCUCGAGCGCACUGCAGACGCCCACCAACUACUUUUUGGUGUCGCUGGCCGCGGCCGACGUGGCCGUGGGGCUCUUCGCCAUCCCCUUCGCCAUCACCAUCAGCCUGGGCUUCUGCACCGACUUCCACAGCUGCCUCUUCCUCGCCUGCUUCGUGCUUGUGCUCACGCAGAGCUCCAUCUUCAGCCUCCUGGCCGUGGCCGUCGACAGAUACUUGGCCGUGCGCGUCCCGCUCAGGUAUAAGAGUCUGGUCACUGGGGCCCGAGCGAGAGGAGUUAUUGCUGCCCUCUGGGUCCUGGCGUUUGGCAUCGGCCUGACGCCGUUCCUGGGGUGGAACAGCAGAGAAAGAGCCAUCAACUGCACGGAGCCAGAGGACAGAGCCGAGAACGUGAGCUGCUGCCUCAUCAGGUGUCUCUUCGAAAACGUGGUGCCCAUGAGCUACAUGGUGUACUUCAACUUCUUCGGCUGUGUCCUGCCCCCGCUGCUCAUCAUGCUGGCCAUCUACAUCAAGAUCUUCCUGGUGGCCUGCAGGCAGCUGCAGCGCACAGAGCUCAUGGACCACUCGAGGACCGUCCUCCAGCGGGAGAUCCACGCGGCCAAGUCCCUGGCCAUGAUUGUUGGCAUUUUUGCCCUAUGCUGGCUGCCAGUCCACGCCAUCAACUGCGCCUCACUCUUCCAGCCAACCUGGGCCAAGGAGAAGCCCAAGUGGGCGAUGAACAUAGCCAUCCUCCUGUCGCACGCCAACUCGGCCGUCAACCCCAUCGUCUACGCCUACCGGAACCGAGACUUCCGCUACACUUUUCACAAAAUCAUUUCCAGGUACGUCCUCUGCCGGACGGACAUCCUCAAGAGCAGGGAGGGGCAGGCAGGGUCUCAGCCCACUCUCCAGCUGGGCCUAUGACCCAGGCUCUGGCCUCUUCCAGGAGAGGGCUCAAUAACAAAGGGACGGGGCACGCUUGGCCAGUUCUCACUGGAAAGACAGCAACCCUCACAGGCCAGCCGGUUGCCUCUUCUGGGCGCUUCCCUGGAGGUUCCAUGUACCUCGUUAACAUGUGACUACUACUUCCUGAGGUUGACAAAUGUAUUUAUGGUUCUCUGGCUGCUUUGUGUGGAUGAUGCUGACGGUGUGAAUGGAUUGUAAAAGUAUGUUUUGCUUUUUUUUGUUUAAGAGUCUGCCUCUUUUAUGGUAGAAAAUGAUCAAAACUAUUUUACUGUGACAUACUGUGAGCUAUUAUAAUACAAAUAUUUUUUUAACUUGGAGGCAAUGGGAAAGGUUGGACAUGUUAAAAAUAAUACUUGUUCUGAGGAAGGUGACCAGGAAAAGUAAAAGUAUGAAUCUUCAACCAAGAGACUGCUGUUUUAGGGAAAUGACAGGCUUGUAAGUUCUUAAGCAGAACAUCAUCGCAGGCUCAACAACAUUCUUAGCCAUGUACAGCACCCGACCCCAGAAGAAGCUGUAGAAGCAGGUCCUCCACUACUAGGCUCCGAUCCCCUUCCAGAGCUAGGUAGUGAUUUUUACGUCUCUCCCAAAUUCAAGUUUGGCCAUGAUGCUGGACCCCAAAGUGAAAAUUUUACUAAGGCGGGUUAUGUAAUUGUGUUUCUGUAUGAGGUAAAAUAAAAAUAAAACUUAACAAAA